UCACUUUCUUUCACUACUUGACUGAGAAACAAGCUUCAGUGCUCAACGGAAUUAAAAAAUGGCAGAGAAAUUGAAAGAGGUUGCAACCCAAACUGGAAACAAGGACUUCUUGGUGGAGGACGAUCCUGAGCAGCCGAGAGAGUCGCCCACCCAGAAGGAAUCGAAUACCCAGAAGGAAUCGCCCACCCAGAAGGAAUCGACCACCCACAAGGAGGGUUCGCAGUCCGCAGAGGCCGAGGAAGAAUACUUUAGAACAGUGAGCGGGCGCAUCGAUGAGGACAUAAAACACCUGGAAGAGAUGAUUGCCCUGAAUGAGGAGGAAUGUAAUAGGCAGUUAUUCAAUCGUCUCCUGAAUAUAAUCGGAGUUGAAAUAGAAAAAAAUCUACAUUUGCAGAAGAAGUAGUAUAUGCGAUUUCUGUUAACCUAUUCCCAAAAUACCAAUGUAUUAUCGAAUAGUCUUAGUGUUG